GCAGCGGUUGCUGUGAGUGCCGUAAAGCAGAGCUGCCGUCGCUGUUGGGCGAGAAAAAACUUCUUGUUCACGGAGAACAGGAUUAUCUCCUAAUCCAAAAAGAUGAAACCAAGUGAGUUACUUUCAAAAGACAACCAAGUGAGCACCACAGACUAAUGAGUAGAAUCAACAAGAACGUGAUUUUGGCGCUUUUAACUUUGACAAGUUCUGCGUUUCUGCUAUUUCAAUUAUACUACUACAAGCACUACUUAUCAGCAAAGAAUGGAGCUGGUUUAUCAAAAUCCAAAGGAAGCCGAAUUGGAUUCGAUAGCGUACAGUGGCGUGCAGUUAAAAAAUUUAUUAUGCUAACAUCAAGCCAAAAUGUACCUGUGUUCCUUAUUGAUCCUUUGAUUCUGGAAUUGAUUAACAAAAACUUUGAACAAGUCAAAAAUACCUCUCAUGGCUCCGCUUCAGAAUGCAACUUUUUCUGUUUCCCAAGAGAAUUCACCACAUUUGCACUACAGUAUCACCUAUGGAAGAAUGAGGAAGGCUGGUUUCGGGUAGCUGAAAAUAUGGGAUUUCAGUGCAUAAAGAUUGAGAGCAAAGAUCCUCGGCUAGAUGGGAUAGACUCACUUUCUGGAACCGAAAUUCCCCUGCACUACAUCUGCAAGUUGGCCACGCAUGCCAUCCACUUGGUGGUCUUUCACGAGAGGAGUGGCAACUACCUCUGGCAUGGCCAUCUACGACUCAGAGGACACACCGACAAGAAAUUUGUCCCUUUUCGAAAGUUACAAUUUGGCCGUUAUCCAGGAGCUUUUGACAGGCCAGAAUUACAACAAGUCACUGUUGAUGGACUAGAAAUUCUCAUUCCAAAAGAUCCAAUGCACUUUCUAGAAGAAAUACCACACUCUAGAUUUAUUGAGUGUAGGUAUAAAGAAGCUCGAGCAUUCUUUCAGCAGUACCUUGAGGAUAGCACUGUGGACGCUAUGGCCUUUCGGAAGAGUGCAAAGGAAUUGCUGCAACUCGCAGCCAAAACUUUAAAGACAUUGGGAGUACGGUUCUGGCUGAGCAGUGGAACUUGUCUAGGAUGGUACCGGCAGUGCAGUAUUAUUUCUUAUAGUAAAGAUGUUGACAUAGGAAUUUUUAUACAAGAUUACAAAUCUAAUAUUAUUCCAGCAUUUCAGGAUGCAGGACUUCCACUCAAACACAAAUUUGGGAAGGUAGAAGACAGCUUGGAACUAUCUUUCCAGGGAAAAGAUGAUGUGAAACUUGACAUUUUUUUCUUCUAUGAAGAGACUGACCAUAUGUGGAAUGGAGGCACUCAGGCUAAAACAGGAAAAAAAUUUAAAUACCUGUUUCCCAAGUUUGCACUGUGCUGGACUGAGUUUGUAGACAUGAAGGUCCGUGUGCCCUGUGAAACCAUCGAAUACAUUGAAGCUAACUAUGGGAAGACCUGGAAGAUUCCCGUGAAGACGUGGGACUGGAAGCGCUCUCCCUCCAACGUGCAGCCCAACGGAAUCUGGCCUAUUUCCGAGUGGGACGAGGUCAUCCAGUUAUACUGAGACAGUAGGUUGAAACAGUAGAAUUCCCCCUCCGGAAAAACAGGUGGAUAUGUGUCUAAAAAGAUAUAUAUCUAUUUGUGAAAUAUAAGUAGGAGCCAAAGAAAAGUGACAAGUUUGAAGACACAGAAAGAGUUGUAACUCCAAAGCCAACUGUUUUAAUCUUCUCAUGUAACAUCUAUUAAGGAGUCACCAUGUGCCAGGUACAGUGCUAGGCUACCACGGAAAGCAGAGAGGAGUGACAGAUGCCUGCCUCUUUUUCUCCCUCCCGUAGGUAAGCGUCCCAAUUUUCCUUUGAGGGAAACGCCCCCAGACGAGCUCAUAUGGAAUAGGGCGUGUUCUGUAAGUGCUUUCAAAAUGGUAGACAAUGUUUGGUCUGGCAGAUGGACUCACCACAAGAGGUUAAGGAAGGACAUACUAGUUCAAAAGAAUAACCCAUUCCUGGUCUGUGUGUUUAAGCUUGAAUGUUAGGCUACUUUUCAGGUUGUGGCGUCUGAGUUAAUAGUCAAGUGAUCAGAUUUCAGGUGGCAUGAAGAAAAGAUGCUGGCAGGUUCAUUUUGUACGCAUCCUGCUGUGGAAUUGAUUUAAAGCACAGGGCAGCAUCCUGUAAGAGAAUGAGAGCUUAUGUCUAGCCUUGUCAAAAAUACCUAAACUUUCAUACACUGUCUCUUUUCAUAUGUGAAGUAACAGCAGAACUUAUGUUUGUGUAAUGCUUAAAUUUCCAGCCAUUGUGAGAAGAUUUUCACUGACUUCUGAAAGCACUUGUUGACAAACCAUUCAGGUGAGACCAUGCUACCAGACAUGACUUUGAAAGGGUUGUCAUGGCACAAAACUUGCUUUCCUUAUUUCAUUUCAACCAUCUGUUAGGUAAAAAAUACGAGCUAUUCAUGGACACUUAAUAUUCUCUGAUUUAGAAUGCUUGCACUCCCAAUUUUAAUGUUAACACUAAAAUAUUAAUAGAAAUACCUCUUCCUGUACUCUUCAGUUACAUUGUUUGUAAGCCUCCCUGUACCCUCUCUCUUCCAAAACUACACCAGGUCUCCAAAAUGAAGAUAAAUGGAAAACCUUGUCAUUGUUCCCCACCCCAGAGCAUAUUGUUUGUGAUGUUUCUAUCGGUGUUAGUGGUUUUAUAUAUCAAAUGCCAAUGGGGCAAGAACUCAAGACUUCCCUGCUCUCCCUCCCACUCUGAAAUCCUCGUUUCCUUUUCCUCCACAAAAUACAUCCCUGAUUAGGCUGGGAUGGCUCAGUCUUCCCCAUCUCUUCAUGAGUCACUUUAAUUAUAUAUUCUAAGUGACUAUAUAUUCUAGGCACAAUAAAUCCUUCUCCUUUUUUCUUUUUUGGUCCAGGAAAGGAAGCGUAGGCUGCUUAGGACUACUGUCUGAACCAGAUGGGCAGGUUUUUCUCCACUCUCUUCAUUUGCAGUAAUUAAGAAAUAAGAAUCAGAUUUUCCUGGCAAUAAAUAAAUAAACAAACAAAAAAACAAACUAGAGAAUAAUGGGCAGGCAGUAUGUUGGCGUAAAAAAGGUGGCAAACUUUUCAAUGAGGCCUGAGUUCGAAUCCCAGCUUCAUCAUGUGGAAUUUAUGGUAGGGGACCUGUCAAACUUACUUUUCUCAUGAGUGAGUUGGGGAAAUGAUGUGUCCAAGGGGUUUUAGUAAAGAUUAAAUGAAAUAUGAAGUGCUUAGCAUCAGGCCUAAGAUUAAGUAAGUGCUCAAGAAAUGUUUCAUUUUCUGCCUUCCAAGUAGUUUUCUAAUUAUUCUUCAAAAGGGAUAAAAGAAACUGGGGGUCAGGGCACCAUUCUUAAUCAGAAGGUUGCAUGACUGAAUUUGCUUAGGAGAAAAAUUUUCAUUCUCUCAAGGUAUUAAAGGACAAAUUGUAUGGUUUAUGAAUUCAGAGACUUUCCCAAGUUGCCUCCCUCUCUAAAUAGAACUUGUAUUUAUUUUAAUUUUAUUGGUCAAACUUUUGUCUCCUAGAGUCUUUUUAGACUAUCCCAUCUGCUACCUAGUUCUUUGGUUCUAGGCAUUUCAUUCUCUGUAGCUCCCUAGAUUUUGUGCCUGCUCUGCUCUGGACUUUUGUUUUUUUCAGUAUGUGCCUUUCCCCAGAGGUAAAUCCUCACCUCCUUAUUAGUAAAUUUCCGCCCGCCCAAAAUCAGAUAUAAGUCAUGAUUUGGAAAGGGAAAGAAUUUAGAAUACUUAGUUUGAUUUAAUUGUCUAUCCUGGUGAAUGACUGUAUCAGUAAAAUAAAAGAUAAUUCAAAGUACUCAUUUCCACCUUCAUUCCCCAAAUUUGCGCUUCUGUCUCAACUAGGUAAGAAUAAACAGAGUGUGUGAUGCUGUUUUAAGCUGCUGCACAUCAGAGAGAAAUUCUAACUGUAGUGUGUAAGUCAGCCAGACCAAUUCGGCAGUAAUAGCUUUUGUACAGAACCAGUGAAAAGAAAGCAAAUACACAUUUUUCUAAUGUGAAAUCUCUGCAUCUAUAUUCUCAGCACCCGCUUAGAAUGCCCCCGCUUGCCAUCCCUUAGCCCAGCCCAACGCAGAGAGUAGGCAGGAGCAUACUAGCCAGCCAGGUAGCUAUAUACGUAGCAGUAGCUCUCACAGUGACAUUGACAGGGGGCAUUAGGAGAGUUAAAAGUACUGUAUUUUAUUCUCUAAAACAGUUAUGCUGUGUCAUGCACCAUGUCAAAAAAGUUUACAAGAUUUUGUAGCCUUCUGAUGACUCACUUCAGAGCAUGGUGAAUAUGUGGUGUGUUUGGUAAAUGAAAAUCACAUGUAGCUAUUUAUGUGGCCCUUCCACUUCAUAACCAGAAAACCACGUAUGUGAAUUUUCUAAACAAAGUGAUAUUUUAAACAUGAGUAAAUUUUAGUGUAUGCUUACCAGUUUACUAUUUGGUUUUAUCUUCAGGUACAGAUAAUUUGUGGUACUACUGAAAAUACCUUUAAUAUAAUUACUUCGAUCAGAAUUUGUAAUAUAUAAU